AUGAUUCAAUGUGAAAAAUUUCAAGUAAAAUCAAAAGAAUUAGAAACUCUCAAUUCUGAACAAUCCUUAAACGACAAUGAAGUCGAUGCGAUGGCAGCUUCAGAAGAAACAAACGAGCAUACUUUCUUUCUUCUCAUCGCUGGACCGAUUGACACCUUGAUUUCAACAGCUAUCUAUCUAGCACCAAAAGAAUCUACAAUUGUGUAUAAUAAUCAUAGUAACAUCGAUAUAACUCACAUUCAAAAAGAAUAUCCAGAACAAAUGGCAAGUAUAGGUCGAGGUCUAUAUGUGGUAUUUGCAUCAUCUCCACAAUGUGAUAAGAUAUUUUGCAUGAAAUUUGGAAAUAAUAUCAGAUUUUUCAAGACAUGCAGUUCAGAACAUUGCUUUUGUUCAAAUGGUCAACCACAUUUACAACAUUGUGGUUAUGGUACUGUUUUUGAUCCACUUCAUAAAACUUGCAAUCAACCUCAAAUUGUUGGCUGCUAA